GAAGGAGCGUCGGCGCGGCCCCGCCAGCGGCCGCUGCCCCGGCCCCGCGCCCGCCCGGCCGAGCCUUCGCUGCCAUGGAGCUGGAGGAUGAGUGCGAAGAUGCUUUUGAUCCAGAGAUAUUAAUACAAUGUCCAUAUAACAAACAUCAUAAAAUCAGAGCCCGUCGCUUCCCCUAUCACCUUGUGAAGUGUCAGAAGAGCCACCCUGAAGUGGCACAGCAAUUGGCCACUUGUCCCUUCAGCGCUCGCCAUCUCGUUCCUCAAGCUGACCUCCGUGACCACAUAAUGAAGUGCAGCGAGAGAAGGCUCAUGGAGCACGAUAUAGUGUGUCAGUCCUCUGGCUUCCAGAGAGAGCAGAUGAAUGCUGCGAGCACGUGGCAGGCACCUCCAUGUGAUGAAGACUGGGAAGCAGCAGGCUUUUCUUGGUACAGAGACCUAUUCCAACGUGCCUGCGAGCUGUUGGAGCAGUCCAAUUCCCUUUUCAUUUGGGGCAGGACCAACUCUGACACACCCAGCAGCAGCUCUGAGCAGAAGAACUUCCUGCCACCAGGACUGCGUGUCCCCUUGUCCUUCCCGCCCGCCGCGGCAGGGAGCAACUGGCAGCACUGCGCAGGCGGCUCCAGCACCACGGCCUCUGGGGGUGGCCACGGCUCCAGAGACCUCCCUCAGAGCAGGGCUUCACAUACACUGCUGUGGGGACAGGAGGAGUAGGAUGUAACACCCACCUCCUGGAGAGCAGCUUCUGAGGGAACUCGAUGCUUGAGUCACCCUCUGUAUGUUUUAUUCCAUAUUCUUGGCACGCCUUUGAUCCCAGUGGUCCAGAGCAAGCAGCCCUGCUCCCCAGCCACUUCGGCGCUAAACCACUCCUGUUGUCACCUACAUUAGUCACUUGGCUGGUUACCAAUGUUAAUCAGUUGGCUGCAAUAUGCAAUAACAAGGAUUACUUUAAAGUUUGUUCUGUCUAGGUUCUUGUUGGCAAUUUAGAAUAAAGUGUUCU